CCGUUCCGGUGUCCCGGGGAUCGGGGGGAUCGGGGGGUCCCGGAGUGUCCCGGGGUGUCCCGGGGGGUCCUGGGGUGUCUCGGGUGUCCCGGAGCGCCCCGCCAUGGCCGGGAGCCGCACGCAGAAGAUCGGCAGCGUGUUCAGCCGGACGCGGGACCUGCUGCGCAUCGGGAUCAUCAGGAAGCCGCUGUGGUUCGAGGUGUACGCGGCGUUCCCGCCGCUGCGGGAGCCCCUGCACCGCCCGGUGCGGCCGCGCCGCGGGCGGGCCGCGGACCCGGUGCGGCCCGUGCUGUACCGGGAGGACGAAGUGCGGGCGAGAUUUUACAGAGUUUAUGGCAGUGGUCCGAGGCCUUUCGACCUGACACAGUUAAACUUCAAAUCUACCUGCCAGAGGUUUGUUGAGAAAUACAAUGAGCUGAAGGAAGAAGGGAAAAUUGAAGAGGAGAAAUUGUUUGAAGAAACAGGAAAGGCUCUUUUAGCCAGUGGGAUCAUUCUACAGAGGAGAACAGCAGAUAAAGUGGCACAGCAGGAGCACCAGGGAUCUGCUGGAACCAGGGACCCUGCCUUGCAGCAGCAGCUCCAGACUCUGCUGGAGGAGCUGCAGGAGAAGAGGAAGGGUGGGGAGGAGCAGACACCAGAGCUGGCAGGGACACAAAAGGAGAAUCCCCCUCCCUCGUGACAGCUCUGCUGCCCUGGACUCUGCUGCCCCUGUGCCCUGGCUGUCCCCUGUCAGGAUCCAGACUCCACACCGAGCACUUUGGGACAUUUCCUGGGGGGAAUCCAGCUCUGGUGCCCCCAGACUCAUGAGUGUGACACGUUUUCCUCCAUCCUUCUCCUCAGUGAUGAAAUUGGAGAUAAUGUGGUUUUUUUUUUUAAGGUUCAAGGCUGUUAUCUCAAAGUGUGAGCUGGAAAAUAAGAGUGGAAAAUAAACCAUUUUCUUUAAAAGUUGGAA